AUGAACGCCUGCCCAUGUGCAAACUAUUACAAUAGACCCAACCCGAACCGUUGCACAAAUUACGUAUCCAAGUUCGGCGAGCGGUGUAAGCUCUGCGUCACAGUCAAGGACGGCCAGUCAAUGACGCGAGGCUUGCUGCCCGAGGAUGAGCUGUGGAUGACUGCCACACCGGGGUACAAUGACCAAGCUUAUGGCAGUGGCGGCCAGGGAUCCAAGAGUGGCAAUAAGAAAUCUGGGAGCAGCAGUGGCGGGUACAUAUCCUCGUGGUUGAGGAAGUGA